AGAGGCAAAUCAUAUUAUAAAUUGUGUGUUUGUAACAUCCAUAUUCACUUGGACCAUUCUUAAAUAUUACAUGGCAAUUAAAAUUGUGCAAUUUACAUGGUUUAACCUUCUCAAUGUUGAUGAAAUUGAAUCAGAAAGAAAUAAGCAAAUCUCAUCACAAAUUGUGUGUUUCAACUUACAAGGUUUUUUACUGUCAUUCAGAAGCUGUCCAGACCCUCAACAGUUUCACCUAUUAACUAACAGCAAUACAUGUACAGUAAAACCUAUGUAUAUUGAACAUUUUGCAGAGAGGGUAAUUUAUACAGUAGUCAAUAGGGUAUGUAAGGAUGAAGGGUGUCCACUGGAGACAAGUGUUCAUUAGAAAGAGGUGUUCACAAUGACAGGUCUUACUUUACUAUGUUUUUGGGGUAUUUAAGAAAAGUUAGUCUCUAUUUGAUACAUACUGUAGUUUUUAUGUCACCAUCAAAAGUGGUGACAUAUUUGUUUUAGUCUCCAUUUCCUGUGACAACGGUUGGCAGGUGGUGGUUGGUGUUUGGUAACAAAUUCUAAAAACAUCCAAUAAAUUAACAAACACUGACUUCAAAUUUUUUCAAAAAUCAUCUACAAGUUCUCAGAAGUUCAAAUCUGAUUUGAGAUUUGACCUUCAAUGACCUUCUCAAAGUCAAAAAAGGUCAAAAAGGUAUUUUUCACCUUGCUUCAAAUUGACCAAA